CAAAAGUCGACUCCAUAUCAAAAUUUUAGUCCUUUUUAUUGUUUUAUAUCAUGUACUCAGAAUCUGAAGAGCUGCUCAUCAAUAAACCGAUGCUAGGAGAUCAUGGCUUCUUCACUCCAAUCCAGUCACCCCAAGCUGGGUAUAUUGCUGGGAAUGUCGAGAUCCACCACUACCAUCACGCGGGCAAGCUACCGUUUCUCCACCAGUUAUCGAGCUGUGCUAACAACAGACUGGCUGCGUAGAACGUCCCGAGACUCCACCCGGCCCCUCCCUUUCGAUCCCAUUUCUCCGCGAUGCUAUUCAUAACGCAAGCUUAGUCAGCUGUCCGUCAGAACCAUAGUUACUUGUUAGAAACUUGGUCGUUCUAUCAAAUGAAAUCGCAGAGUCAUUCGCCUGUCCCUAGAAACAUGAAGCUUAGUCAUCCGCCUGUAAAGUCCAGAAGAGAGUUUGGGACUGUGGUGGGGGCUUGGAAAUCUAUUCUUGUCAAAGAUUUGAUGUACAACAGAAAUGAUAUGUGAGAUGGGUUGUCUUGGCUGGAGCGCCGUCUCGCGUUGAUCCUAUUAUGGCAAAGAGUGGUGCGAGAAGAUUAUCUUGAGAUAAUUUUCUUGAGAUAAACAUUCUAUUCCUUGUAGGACGGAUCGAACCUGAUGGAUUGGCCGACCUGACCCACGUGGUUGGGGAGAAGGCAUCCGAUACUUGGUGUGAUCCAUGACAGCAAACAUUGGACAAUCUGUGUCAUGUCUCCUUUGUCUGGACACUGUAGAUGAUACGAGACAGCUGGGUAUCUAAAACAUCCGUUCUGGCUGCAGGAUCGUCUUGAACUGUUUGUCCUG